AUGGACUCGCAGUCUCGCUCCCAUGAGCUGCUGCUGGUAGUCCCACUCCUCUUUCUCCCUCUCCUCUACCUGCUGUCGUCCCGGCGGCGGAGGAGGAGCAGAGAGCCAGGAGCAGCAGCAGAACGACGGCGUGCUCCCCCGGGUCCGCCGAAGCAGCUGCCGGUGCUGGGCAACCUGCUCCAGAUCGGCAGCCGGCCGCACCGCUACUUCCAGGCGGUGGCGCGGAGGUACGGCCCCGUCGCGGAGGUGCAGCUCGGCCGCUUGCGCACAGUCAUCGUCUCGUCUUCGGACGCCGCCAAGGAGGUCCUCCGGACCAACGACCUGCACUGCUGCAGUCGCCCCAACUCACCAGGCAAGUACGAGCUCAGAACCACUUAUCACUAG